AUGUCGGACUCUGUCCAAGUCGACGCCCGUCGCUUCCUCGAUGAGCGCGGCAGCUCCGCCUCGCUCGCGCCCAACGGUCUCAACCCCGCGACGAUUAUGGAAAAGGCCGUCAAGGACCGCAUCGUCGACUCCUACUUCUACAAGGAGCAGUGCUUCGCGCUCAACGAGGCGGACAUUGUCGAUCGCGUAGUGGACCACGUCUCCUUUGUGGCCGGCACGCUCGGCGGGACACAGCGUCCCUCCCCGUUCCUCUGCCUGGCCUUCAAGCUCCUGGAGCUGGCGCCGAGUGAGGCCAUCCUGGACAUGUACCUGGCCUACGGCGGCGAGAAGUUCAAGUACCUCCGGGCGCUGGCGUGCUUCUACCUCCGGCUCACGCGGCCGGCCAAGGACGUCUACGCCAAGCUGGAGCCGUACCUCGAGGACAGGCGGAAGCUACGGCGGAAGAAUCGGCAGGGCACGUCGCUGACGUAUAUCGACGAGUUUGUGGACGACCUCCUGACCAAGGACCGUAUCUGCGCGACGAGUCUGUGGAAGAUGCCCAAGAGGGAGAUACUCGAGGAUCUGGGCCAGCUCGAGGAGAGGAUCAGCCCUCUCCAGCAUAUGCUCGAUGAAGAGGACGAGGAGGAGAAUGGGGAGGAGGAAGGUGGUGGUUCGCAGCCAGAAGAAGUGAAUGGCAACGGCGAGGAUGCCGAUCGCAGCGAAGGCGAGGUCGAAGCGCGCGAGGACAUGGACGUGGAUGACGAUCAGAGACGGAGGGGUAGUACUUGA